AUGACCAACGGCCAAGAUCAUAACCAACAUGAUCUGGGCAACGCCAUAUUUUUCAUACCGGAAGGCAAAGAGGACUUAAAUAAAAGUAAUCCAAAUCACAAUCAACUUAGUUAUGAGGGAUUAAGAAAUCAAGAUAAAGAUCAUAUUAAUUUACCAAAGAGGCAAAGUAAACUGCUGCAUGGGUUAUCUAUAAGCACAGGUUCCCAUUCUAAUAAUUAUAGGCUUAGCAGUGGUGAGGCUACACCGAGGACAGAGACAUCGGUUGAUUUUGAAGAAAUUUUAAAGUUCCCUAGUGAAUCACCUCAUGCGUAUUCUUAUGCUCACUUAUCACCAAAUUCAUUAGCGCUAAGGUUAAAUGUCUUGAAAAGAUCAUUGGAAAUAUUAAAGGAUAGACCCAGUCUCUUCAAGUCAAUCAACUUUGAGGAGGAGAAAGAGACUUCUACGAUGAAUAAUGAAAUGCAUAAUAAUAGCGGUCUGAAUACUCCUGUUCCAUUUUCUCCGUAUAUUUCCAAGCUGAGAAACAAUAGCGCUGAUUUCUUCAAUAGGAAUUGUAAAUUAGAGUCAAACGCAUCCUCAGCAGCAUUAUCUGCCUUAUUCAGACCUAAUAUGAGGCGUGCUGAUAGUUUGCCUAUUGAUCAAAUCUAUUCCACAAAACGUGCGUUCCUGCUGCCUACAGCAAAAUUUUAUGAAGAAAAAAUGAACGUCGAUAACCCUUUAUUAAACGAUGACAUCAAAGAUGUUAUUGAGUUGAUAGAGAAGGACUCAACUUCAAUUCUUACCAACAGCGAAAUUGCAUCGACACUACAUGACAUAUCUUUAUCCACCAAUAAGCUUGAUCAUAAAAUUAAACAAGAUUUUUUGAAAAACAGACUCUUAUAUGCUUUGGCUACUCCUUUCGUGGAGAAGACUUUCAUAGCUACGAAACUUUUGAAACAAAACAAUAUAGCAUUUGCGUCCAACACAUACCUAAGCUCCUUAAACAAUUCUCAGACACAGACAGGUGGAGGCAGACCCUUUCCAUCUUUGUCUUCGGGAAAACAUACUUUACCUCAAUCAAUAUUUACAAUCACUGCUGAGAGCCCUUGGCAUAUUAAAGCAGCUAAUGAUUUGGCUUGCUUAAUGUUUGGCGCACUGAAAAAAACUAUAAAGGCUUUGACGCUAAUGGACUUAAUUGCACCUCAAUUUCGGAAUCUAGUGGCAGAUAGACUCUCAGGAACUUUUUCACUGAGUCCAAAGGAUAUGAUCGAGCAAAAAAACCAAAUUUAUUUUGCAGGUGAAAUACUAGCUAUCUCCAUAACGGGCCGCAAAGAAUUUGCAUGGACAUCAAUUUGGGCCAAGAGAAAAGAUGAUUUGAUUAUUUGCAUGUUUGAUGAAAUACACAGUGACGCUUUCGAUUUGGUGGUUCUGUGUGAUAAAGAAAGCUACUCUUCUGAGAUGUACCAUAUAGAUAAAGUAAGUGAAAUUGCAGGAAAUUUGGUAGCUAGGUUUGGUUCCCCUGAUCUCAAAGAUCUAACAAAGCUCAGUGAGUCAAUAGCAUUAGAUCUAAAGAUGGGAUCAAAAGAUGACGAUAAGCAUUUGGUAGACCUGAACGCACCACAGGAUGUCAUAGAUAGUGACAGGAUUAAUAGAAUAAGAUAUUAUACUUUAAAGCUCGGGGAUGCAGACAAUGUUCCGUGCGCAAUUAGCUCAAAUCCAACGGAGCUUGAAGACGAUAGGUAUGAAAUCAAAUUAAAAAUCCACUCUCUUCCUUACAUUGCUGGUAUGUUUGUCAUAAGUUCUACUACUCACAAUAUACUUUCUUGCAACAAUGCAAUCGCUAAGAAUCUAUUUGGCAGAUCAGGAGAUUUCUUGAGUGGUAAGCCCAUCAACUAUUUAAUACCGAAAUUUGAUGCUAUCCUACUGCUUGGUCUUGAACUGAGCAAAUCACAAUUCAGUAUUGUUCAAGGAUUGGUUCUUCCGGAGCACUUCUUUAGGAGAUAUGAUGCUCUUUUGAAGCACAAGGAUGGUGAUCUCCGUGACGAGGAAGAGCUAUUUUUUAAUUCGAAUGGAGUUGAAGGAAAGCAUCGAGAUGGUAAUAUAAUUUACGUUGACGUUCAGUUGAGAGUAAGUUCUAAUGAAACGUAUGCAUUGUGGGUCACAUAUUCAAGACUGGAAAAUAAGUCGACCAUAUCUAAAGAGCUUGACAAGUUGAAUUCAAGUACCUCAUCAAUUUCACUAAGUCUGGGUGAUACCACUGAAAGAAAAAGAUCUCGUCUGACAAGCUUUGGAAAAGAGAAUUUAGAAGACAUACUACCAUCUCAGUUAAGCUUAUUAAGUGAUGAAGGGUCUGAGAAAAUGGAGUUUGUUCCCAGUAGGGAUGAAUUAAACAGGACCAAUAGUACGAGAAAGCCAAAAGCAGAUUGUUUCAUUCUUCCAUUGAAAAGCUUCAAUCAGUCUUCAACUAGUUUAGCACAGGCUAGUUCUGACAUAAGAUCGAGCGAUGCCUCAGUAUGUGAGAAUGCCGUCCCUAAUUCAUCUAGUACACAAGCAACUACUGUUUCACAAGAUGAAAAGGUCCCAGAGUACCAAAUACUGGGCCCAUUGGACGCAAAUGAAAGAUUCUCUGAGUUACAACUUUUAAAAAUGGAAAAUAAAAUAUUGGAGGACAGAAAAAGUAAAUCUAAAUUGUGGCCAUCUACAUUGGGCUCUAAAAGAAGAACUAAGAAGAUUACAGACUUCAAAGUCACUAGACAAUUAGGGGAAGGAGCGUAUAGCAAGGUUGUACUCGCACAACAUAAUGAAGAUCCUGAUUAUGAAGUCAUAAUCAAAUGCAUAGAUAAGGAAAGGAUAUUAGUCGAUACUUGGGUAAGAGAUCGAAAACUUGGUACAAUUCCUUCAGAAAUACAAAUUAUGGCCUUUUUGAACACUGACCCUCAUCCAAAUAUUCAGCGAAUAGUCGACUUCUUCGAAGAUAGAAAGUAUUACUACUUGGAAACUCCACUUUUUGGAGACCCCCCUGCUAUAGAUGUGUUUGAUUUUAUCGAGAUCAAAGAGGACCUAUCUGAGCUUGAAUGUCAGAUUAUUUUUAAACAAAUAGUAAUGGCUGUUUAUCACUUGCACAAGCAUGGAAUAAUACAUCGUGAUAUAAAAGAUGAAAACGUUAUUAUUGAUGAAAAUGGAUUUAUUAAAUUGAUUGAUUUCGGAAGUGCAGGCUAUACAAAGCAAGGUCCAUUUGAUGUUUUUGUUGGGACCAUGGAUUAUGCUUCUCCUGAGGUUCUUAGAGGUCAGAAAUAUGACGGCAAGCCUCAAGAUGUUUGGGCAUUGGGUAUCUUAUUAUACACUUUAUUAUACAAGGAGAAUCCCUUUUACAAUGUUGAUGAGAUUAUGGAAGGGAAUAUAAAGCCUCCAUAUAUAAUAAGUGAAAAGUCUAUAAACUUGGUUGAAAAGAUAUUAGUCAAAGAUGUAAAUGAGAGACCAACAAUUACCGACAUAGCUGACGAUGAUUGGCUUAAUUUAUAA